GUUAAGGAAAGGAAACUUGCUGAAUGCGUCCUAGACUUGCUUGCCGCUGGAAUUGCAUCCAAGAAGAACCGGUUUGAUCUUCCUUCCUUUGGGUCUUCUGCUGAGUUUGGGCAGGAGAGGAUGGUUGGGCUGCUACUACUGGCAUAGGAAACGGGAAGGCAGUAACCUUUGAUGAUGUGGCCGUAUAUUUCACAGAGGGACAGUGGGCUCUUCUGGACCCAAUGCAAAGAGCCCUUUACAGGGAUGUUAUGCAGGGGAACUAUGAGAAUGUGGCAUCUACGGAAGUUAUCAAGUCGGAAUGGGCGGCGCCAAGUGUCCCGAAAAAAGCUUCCAACUCUUCCACUAGAUUCUACACGUUCCAACAAGAACCUACCACACUCCUCCAAACGCCGACCACCGAUGCUCCUAUUUCACAACUAAGCAGCGGAUCCCUGUUACUGAGAGAUAGGGAAGGGUUCCUCAAAGAACCAUCCGAUAAGAAGGCGGAGUUCUCGUUCCGACGGGUCCACGACAACGCCUCACUGGCUACACGAUCAGCCGCAGUGGCCUCCAUGACGGCCAGGGCCAGUCUUUUGUGGAUCAACGAUCUCAUCGACGAGACUCCACCGGAAUCUACUCGCCUAAGACAGCAGCUGUUGAAACUACAGCGCGCACAGGCACUCAUCGCCGAUACUUCCCUAUACGUUACUCGGCAAGAUCUAUACGUUACUCGGCAAGAUCCUCGGCGGCUUCAGUGGUCGGUAGAAGGCAUCUCUGGCUGAAGGCGUGGCAAGCAGACUCCGUAUCCAAGAACAACCUAUGUGCUCUGCCUUACGAGGGUUCCAAGCUCUUCGGCGAUUCAGCCCUAGAGAACAUACUAGUCGAAUCGAAAGAUAAAAAGAAAACCAUGCCGUCGGCCCCCAGGAAGCCCGAUAAACCAGCUUUCAGAAGAAGCUACCAACAGCCUUUUCAUUCCUUUCGCCCCGCCUUUAGAGGCAGAGACAGAGACUUCCGCGGCUCCAGAUCCUCCUGGCCCCGCCAGCGAUUCACCAGCAGGAACCCCAACUUCCGCAACCCCGGCAGCCAGGGGAAACCUCAGGCAAAGAAUCAGUUCUGACACAGACUUCCUCAGCCUGGGGGGUCGCCUAUCCUACUUCCUCCCAACAUGGCUACGCGAUAUAUCGGAUGCAUGGGCUCUGGAGGUCAUUCGUUUCGGUUACAGGAUCGAGCUGGGCUCCUCCCCUCGUCCACGAUUUCUCCCUACUCCCCGCUCUCACUCCUCUUCAAAGCACGCGGAAAUGUCCAUGGCUAUCCUACACCUGCGAGACAUCGGAGCCAUAGAGCUUGUGCCCAGGGGGCAGGAGGGGAGAGGAGUCUACUCCAUCCUGUUUACGGUACCAAAAAAGGACGGGUCCCGCAGUGCGGUUCUAGACCUAAAAUAUUUGAACUCCUUCAUCAGAACACGCAAGUUUCGCAUGGAGUCCCUCCGCUCCAUUUUAGAAUCUCUGCAGCAAGGAGACUUUCUGUCAUCAAUAGAUUUACGGGAGGCCUAUCUACACAUUCCCAUACAUCCCGACAGCAGGCCGCUACUCCGCUUCAAAUACGCAGGCUGGACUAUCAAUUCAAGGCCCUCCCCUUCGGCCUCGCCUCUGCACCCAGGACGUUCACCAAGAUCCUCGCCCCGGUCCUCGCUCUACUUCGUAUUCAGGGGGUACACAUAGUGGGGUACCUCGACGAUCUACUCCUAAAAUCGGAGUCCUGGGAUUCAGCAGUAAGGGAUCUGGAAAGGACCAUGACAACACUGAAUCAACACGGUUUUCUAAUCAACAUAGAAAAGAGUCACCUCGGGGUAAUAAUCGACACUCUAUCGUGCAAGGUCUUCCUCCCGGAAGACAGAGCCCAGGUGCUUACAUCAGAAACAAGGGACGUCCUGGCGAGGCUGAAGUCGCCUCUACUGUCCUUGGCUCGACUCCUGGGACUAAUGGUGUCAACGCUGGAAGCGGUCCCGUGGGCAAGGCUACACCUUCGGGUCCUCCAAUGGUACCUCCUAAAAUUCCAAGCGUGCAUAACCACGAGGCGCAACAUCCUAGUCAUUCCGCCUCCACAGGUGAAAAUGUCCCUGACCUGGUGGACCAGGUCUCGGAAUCUCCAAACAGGCAAGUGCUUCCUCGAACUUCCGAAACUCAUUAUCACAACAGACGCAAGCAACAGAGGCUGGGGGGCACACUUCCUACAACACUCAGUCCAAGGACGAUGGGAGAGCCUAGAAAGAUCCCAUUCUAUAAACUGGCUCGAGCUGAGAGCUAUCCGUCUGGCCCUCUUACAUUUCCAACCCCUGGUCGAGGGGAAAGAUGUCUUAGUGAAAACGGACAACACCACAGCCAAGGCACACGUAAACAGACAGGGAGGAACUCGAUCGCGUUCUCUGUUCCAGGAAUCAGUCCUCCUCCUAUCUUGGGCCGAGAAGCACCUCAAUUCCAUCACAGCUCACCAUGUCAAGGGAGAUCUGAACUCAGUAGCGGAUUGGUUGAGCAGGGAGGACCUCCUCCCGGGGGAGUGGUCCCUCAACACGGAAGUGUUCGAUCAGUUGGCAUACAAGUGGGGGCAGCCACAAGCAGACUUGUUCGCCACUCCCCUCAACGCAAAGACAGAGAUAUUCAUCACCAGGUUCCACUGUCGUGCAGCAUGGGGAACGGAUGCCCUGUCUUGCAGAUGGCCCCAGGGUCUCCUGUACGCCUUCCCCCCGAUACCACUUCUGACCAGAGUACUCCGCAGGAUACGGAAUCUGAGAGCAGAGGUCGUCAUGGUGGCCCCGUUCUGGCCCAGACGUCACUGGUUCACGGACCUCGUAGGCAUGGCAAUAGACCAGCCUUGGCACCUCCCCGCGAGACCAGACCUUCUUCUCCAGGGGCCAGUUCACCAUCCCAAUCCGGGCUGGUUUCAACUAGCUGCCUGGAGACUGAGCGGAUCCGAUUGCGAGCGCAGGGACUUCCUCCCAAAGUGACUGAAACCAUCCUGGCUUCUAGGAAAAAUUCCACUAAUCGAAUCUACCAGUAUACAUGGAGGAUGUUUCUGCGUUGGCUCCACAGGAAAAAACUCCCUAGUGACGAGGCAACUCCACUACAUCUCCUACAAUUCCUCCAGGAUGGGCUUGAUAAAGGACUGAAGCCCAACACCCUCAAGAGGCAAGCUGCCGCAUUAUUGCCAGUGUUGAAGGGGAAGGCUAACUCACAGUAUCAUUCUCUCCUAAAAAGGUUUCUCAGGGGGGCCACCCUAUUGUCUCCCCCAGUGAUACAUCGUUUCCCCUCAUGGGAUCUGAAUUUGGUGCUUCAAGCAUUACAAGGCCCUCCUUUCGAACCGAUCCGUACCAUACCACUACGCCUCCUGUUUCAGAAGUUGGCCUUCUUGGUGGCACUCACCUCUGCUAGAAGAGUUUCCGAGCUGAGAGCGCUCUCAGUCCACAAGUCGUUCUGCGUCUUCUCUGAGGACUCGGUCAGGCUGAUUCCGGACCCCUUUUUCCAACCAAAGGUGAUAUCUCAUUUCCAUGCAUCACAAGACAUCUUUCUUCCUUCAUUCUGCCCGCAUCCGAAGCACCCCAGAGAGAAACUGUGGCACAAGCUGGAUUUACGUAGAUGCUUGAGAUGCUACAUAAAAUGCACGGCCAGUUUUCGUAAGACCGAAUCUAUGUUUGUCUCUUACCUGCCCACCUCUAUGGGAGAGGCGGUAUCAGCAAGAACUAUUGCUAAAUGGAUUAGAGCAUGCAUUACCUUAGCUUAUGAGACACAAAAGGUCCCUCCUCCGGCCAAUAUUUGGGCACACUCCACCAGGUCGGCAGCCGCCUCGGCCGCCUUCUCCACUAACGCUUCAGUACAGGAGAUUUGUAAGGCAGCGGUAUGGAAGAGUCCAUCCACCUUUAUAAAACAUUAUAAACUGGACACAUACGCCGCUGCCCAAGCGGCAUUCGGUAGGAGAGCACUCCAGAGGGUUCUUCCCCAGGAAUGAGCAGCUUUAUCCCUCCCUGACUUGGGAAGUUUGCUUUGGUAAGUCCCAUCUUCAUGAGAUGCCUUGACAGCACCAAUCGAGAAUGAAGCAUUGGUUACUCACCGUGAAGGCUUCUUCUGGUUGCUGCUGUCAAGGCAUCUCAGCCCACCCUUGUGGCUCGCUGUCCUCUCUAGGGGAAGAACCCUCCUGGGACCAGGUUAUACGCUCCCACACACAUCUGUUCCUUGCAGGGCGUAGGGAAAUGUAUAUGUGUUUCUUCUCUCUUGUAUUAUUCUCUGCAUAACUUUCUCGUACUACUGGUUCGCUCGGCCUAGAAGAACUGGGGCGGGGUUAUCCCCGUCAGAGUUAUAUAGGACUGCCUUUCUAAACUAAUUUGCAUAGUCCUGCCUAGGAGCACGUGACAGGGAUAACCCAUCUUCAUGAGAUGCCUUGACAGCAGCAACCAGAAGAAGCCUUCACGGAGAUGAGCAAGUGAAUGAGAAGGAAGAGGAAUGUCUUCAGCCAGAAAAUUCUGAGUUGGAGAUGCAAAAAGAGACAUUGUUACAAAGAGCCCAAGAGAACAUUUCCAGUGGUCAGGAAAAUGGAGAGAGUUCUGGGUCUUGGCAUGGACCGGAGAGGCAGCAAAGAAAGCAUCUUGGGAAUCGGGAAGUUAAAGUCAUUCCUUGUGACAAAAGCAGGACAGGUCUUGAAAGUACAAUCCAAAAGCGAAGUCAUAGGAAUAAAAGACCAAAGACACGCACAGAACAGAAAAGAAGCUCUACUCAGAAAACUCCUAACAGAACUGGUCCAGUGGCAAAAUCAGAAAAGUGCUCAGUCUGUAGCAAAACUUUCUGCAAUAACACUUACCUUGUAAUACACGAGCGAUCCCACACAGGAGAGAAACCGUACGCAUGCACGGAUUGUGGGAGGUGUUUCAGCUCCCCAUCGAAUCUUCUUUCACAUGAGAAGAUCCACACAGGAGAGAGACCUUAUAAAUGCUCUGAUUGUGGGAGAAGUUUUGUACGGAACCGAGACCUUCAGGCGCACAGAAGGAUCCACACUGGUGAGAAACCACAUGCGUGUUCCUAUUGCGGGAAGAAAUUCAGGAGCAAAACGCACGUUGUUCGCCAUGAACGAAUUCACAAAGAAGAGAGGCCGUUCCAGUGCUCAGAGUGUGGAAAAGGAUUCAGACUGAGAGAGCACCUGGCUGUGCAUAAGAGAACCCAUACAGGAGAGAAACCCUUCGAAUGCGCAGACUGUGGGAGGAGCUUCAACUGCGCAUCCAACUUGCACAGGCACAAGAAAACCCACGGAGGAGAGAAACCACAUAAAUGUUCAGACUGUGAGAAAAGUUUCAGAAAUAGUUCAGACCUAAAGUUGCACAGAAGAAUCCACACAGGUGAGAAACCUUAUCAGUGUCCGGACUGUGAAAAAAAAUUCCGUUGCAGUUCAAGCUUCAUAAUGCAUAAGAGAACACAUAAAGGAGAAAAACCAUAUAAAUGCCCAGAGUGUGGCAAAUGCUUAAGUCAGAAAUGGUGCCUUAUCAAUCAUCUGAGGAUGCAUAAAUAUAAGUGCUCAGACUGUGGGAAAAGCUUCAGCCAAAGCUCAGCCCUUCAGCAACAUAAAAGAAAGCACACUGGUGAGAAACCAUUUCGAUGCUUGCUCUGUGGGAAAAGCUUUGACCGCCGGUCGUUGCUGAUGAUUCAUGAGAGAAUUCACACUGGAGAGAGACCGUAUGUUUGCUUGGAGUGUGGGAAAAGCUUUAUACAAAAAUCCAAACUUAUUCGACAUGAGAGAACCCACACUGGGGAGAAACCGUACGAAUGCCCACACUGUAAGAAGAGCUUCAGUGAAAGAGCGAAUCUUGUUCAGCACAUGAGAAUCCAUACAGGAGAGAAACCAUACAAAUGCUCCCACUGUGGGAAAUGUUUCAGCCAAAGAUCUCACUUUGUUGAGCAUGAAAGAUCCCAUCCCGGAGAGAAAUCCUAUGAUUGUUUAGACUGUGGGAAAAGCUUCAGCUAUAUUUCACGUCUUAUUAAACAUCAGAGAAUCCACACAGGUGAUAGUCCCUAUAAAUGUUCAGAAUGUGGAAAAAGCUUUGCUGGUAACUCACAUCUUAAGUCUCACAGAAGAAUCCACUCUGAAGAGAAACCAUACCAGUGCUUGGAUUGUGGGAAAAGUUUCAGACAUAACUCAACCCUUACCAUACAUAAAAGAACCCACACAGGAGAGAAACCAUUUCCAUGUUUGACUUGUGGUAAAAGCUUUAAUAACAGCUCAGGCCUUACAGCGCACAGCAAAACCCACUCAGGGAAGAAGCCAUUUCCGUGUUCACGUUGUGGGAGGAGCUUCAUGCAGAGGUCUGACCUCCUUAAACAUAAGAGAAUCCACAGAAAGGGGAAACAGUUCAAAUGCUCUGACUGUGGGAAGGUCUUUAUUCAGAAAGCGCAACUAACCGUACAUCAGAAAAGCCACACGCAAGGAGGAAAUCGUUAAAAUAAGUCAGGCAGAGGGAGAAUCUUAAUUGCAGAGGUAGUGGGUUAAAAGUGGCUGGAAAAAAUAUGUGACCAGAAUUCCACCUACAGUUUUUGCCACAAAAGAAGAGAUCUGUGGAGAAGUUCCCUUUCCUAGUCCCCCCAAGUAAAGUCUGAAAUGGGGGCAAGGGUGGUAUGGCUUUUCUAGUUCUUUAGGACCUUGUGGUGUUGUAGGAAAAGGCACAGAUAGUCUUAUUGUGGUUGAUAUAUGAAUGGGGGAGCGAGUAAGCAAAGUGGGGGCAGGUUGUUCCCUCCUCCUUCUGGUCACGUUGGUCCCUCACCUGCCUGAGCUUGAUGGAUGAAGUCAGGAGGAGGAGAAAGGGGCAAGCAAAGUGGGAAAUCCUUCUCCCCCCGCCUCAUGCAAUGGAGGGCAUUGCUGGGAGGCAGGCAAGCAGCAAUUCCACCUCCCAAGGAGCGGAGGGCAUUGUUCAUGGCAAGUGGUGAGUCUGCCCCUCUGCAUGGAGCAGAGGGCAGUCUGGCUCCCAAAUUUUUAGAUUGGCUCCUAGAGCCAAAGAGAAUUGGUCAAAGCCUGAUCUGAGCAGAGUUCCGAAAAAGUAGCCCUCCAGAAUCAUGAUGUGCAUUAAAGUAAGAAGAUAAAUAAUGUGUACUGGGAUUUCCAAGAUCAAACCAACAAGAAACAAUAAGAUCUCAACCAAACUAUACAAUAAUCAUAUAUUGAAAAGUAAGCCACAGCUUGAUCCAAUGUAGUACUAUAAUUCAAAAUAUUCAGAGUCUAAGAGAUGACAAAGCAUACAUGAUUGGAGAACUUAUCAAUGAAACUAAAUAUGUGACAUUGGAGGGCUGGUAAAGUCCACAGUGUGGAGAGUGAUGUGAUACAAAACAAAUAAGUCCAUAUAUCCACGACAGUUCGUUUCACUGUAGGUCUUUUUCCAGUGGAAAAUGGUUUUCACAAAAUACUACUCCACAUGCUCCAGACUCCAAUCUUCUGAGAGAUAUAAGACUCUACAUAAAAGUAAAAAUCUAGCACAGCAGGAAAAGAGAUGGUCUAGACUAGAGCCUUUCUCCUUCAUCUGUUAGCUUUCCUCUUUCAGGAUGAUUUUUUUUUAAGUGCAGUGUUAAAAAGUGGUGUCCCUAACCUGUGGUUGUAGAACCUCAAGGCUCUACAACUCAUUUUAUUGCGUGUGUAGGCCAGGCCUACAUUCCUGCACUGAGCAGCAGGGAGGGCUAAAAGGCCUCCAGGGUCCCUUUCACCUUUAAAUUUCUAUGGUUCUAUCUUCAGAUGUAGGAGUCUCAGCAGUAAGCAGGUUUUUGAGAUACAGUGAGGGAAAUAAGUAUUUGAUCCGCUGCUGAUUUUGUCCGUUUGCCCUCUGACACAGAAAUGACCAGGCUAUAAUUGGAAUGGUAGGUUUAUUGUAGCUGUGAGAGACAGAAUAACAACAAACAAACCCUCAGAAGCCCAGUGCCCAAAAGUCAGCGAUGGAUUUGCAUUGUAGUGAGGGAAAUAAGUAUUCGAUCCCCUAUCAACCAGCAAGAUUUCAGGCUCCCAGGUGUCUUUUCACUAUAUGCAGGUAACGAGCUGAGAUGAGGAACACCCUCUGUAAGGGAAUGCUCCUAAUCCCAGCUUGUUACAGUACCUGUAUAAAAGACACCUGUCCAUAGAAGCAAGCAAUCACUCAGCUUCCAAACUCACCACCAUGCCCAAGACCAAAGAGCUGUUGAAGGAUGUCAGGGACAAGGUUGUAGACCUGCACAAGGCUGGACUGGGCUACAAGACUAUUGCCAAGCAGCUUGGUGAGAAGGUGACUACAGUUGGCACGAUAACUUGCAAAUGGAAGAAACACAAAAUAACUGUCAAUCUCCCUCGGUCUGGGGCUCCAUGCAAGAUCUCACCACAUGGAGUUGCAAUGAUCAUGAGAACGGUGACAAAGCAGCCCAGAACUACACGGGGGGAACUUGUCAAUGAUCUCAGGGCAGCUGGAACCAUAGUCACCAAGAAAACAAUUGGUAACACACUAUGCCGUGAAGGACUGAAAUCUUGCAGUGCCCGCAAGGUCCCCCUGCUCAAGGCAGCACAUGUACAGGCCCGUCUGCAGUUUGCCAAUGCACAUCUGAAUGAUCCAGAGGAGAACUGGGUGAAAGUGUUGUGGUCAGAUGAGACCAAAAUUGAGCUCUUUGGCAUCAACUCAACUCGCCGUGUGUGGAGGAGGAGGAAUGCUGCCUAUGAGCCCAAGAACACCAUCCCCACCGUCAAACAUGGAGGUGGACACAUUAUGCUUUGGGGGUGUUUUUCUGCUAAGGGGACAGGACACCUUCACCACAUCGAAGGGACGAUGGACGGGACCAUGUACCAUCAGAUCUUGGGUGAGCACCUUCUUCCCUCAGCCAGGGCAUUGAGAAUGGGUCGUGGAUGGGUAUUCCAGCAUGACAAUGACCCAAAACACACAGCCAAGGCAACAAAGGAGUGGCUCAAGAAGAAGCACAUGAAGGUCCUGGAGUGGCCCAGCCAGUCUCCAGACCUUAAUCCCAUAGAAAAUCUGUGGAGGGAGCUGAAGGUUCGGGUUGCGAAACAUCAGCCUCGAAACCUUUCUGACUUGGAGAGGAUCUUCAAAGAGGAGUGGGACAACAUCUCUCCUGGGCUGUGUGCAAACCUGGUGGCCAACUACAAGAAACGUCUGACCUCUGUGAUUGCCAACAAGGGUUUUGCCACCAAGUACUAAGACAUCUUUUGUGAAGGGAUCGAAUACUUAUUUCCCUCACUACAAUGCAAAUCCAUCGCUGACUUUUGGGCACUGGGCUUUUGAGGGUUUGUUUGUUGUUAUUCCGUCUCUCACAGCUACAAUAAACCUACCAUUCCAAUUAUAGCCUGGUCAUUUCUGUGUCAGAGGGCAAAUGGACAAAAUCAGCAGGGGAUCAAAUACUUAUUUCCCUCACUGUACAUACUUUAUUUUACUUCUGUCCUCCUCUUACACAGCGGGAGUCAUCCAAUUAAUACCUGCUUAACUUCACAAGUACUGUAGCAUUGGGGGCAUCCAGAUUUUUCAUGGGACCCAGACAGAACGGCAGGAAAUAUGUUCAGUCAUUCUCUUGCCAGAUCAUUUUUUUUAGUUUCCUAUUACAAUGGUAUAGCAAAGCAACUGGUAACCCCAAUUAUUGUAGUUCUGUUCCAGACAUCUGAAGAAGUAGGCUACAGCCUACAGAGGCUUUAGCUUUAUUAGAAUUAAUCUAGUCUCAAAGGUCAUUCUGGAGUCAGACUUUGAGAGUGACCUACCUAAGGCUAACAUGCCUAUCUUAUCUACCCUGUGUCAGACAAAUCUUGGACGUCUUUUGUGAGGUUCUGUGCUUUUGUGUAAUUGUUUCUUUCACAUGGUUGUAUGCUGGUUCUCAAGCAUGUAUGAGUUGUACAUUAUACUGUAUUGUUUCUUAUGGGUGGAAGCUGUUUUCUAGGGAACGUGGUAGGUAGAUAUAAUAGAGAAAUAAAAAGAAUAUGUAUGCCAUUUCUGCUGCUGAAGAGACAAGCCACUUUUAAAACUGGACAACAGCUUGUCUCUUCCACAGGGGAACUUGCUGAAAUAAAUAAAAAGGAUGGGCAAUACUUACCUGUGAUUCCUCAUUUUUUUAUCCCUGCCAAGUGUUGGCAUUUUAAAAACUGAUCCAUUGUUAAUUGUGUGAGCUCUCCCUACGCCCCGCCCCCCAACCCGCAAGUGGUAUACCGUAGGUCAGAGCCUACCUCAGUUGUGCUUUCCCCCAAAGCCUCUCCCAUUCCUAGAACCAGCUACUCUCUUCUUCCCUUACUGAUCCCAAACACUCAUUCCACUGUUUCUGUCUGUAAGAAUGCUUCUUAAAUGAAAUGCAAAUAAAAGUGUUAAUGGAUUCUUUUUAUUAACUUCC